UUAGGUAUUGCACAAUCAACAAUAUGCAUGUAAACAGAUCACGCGGCGGCGUUACGUUAUGCACAGUCUGUUUCCGAUUUCCACUUAAAUUUCCACGAUUUUUUUUACCAGGGUUUAACACGUAACUAUGUGUCAAGUAGAUGAAGAAGGAAUUUCACUUUUGGAGAAGAAGCCGAGUUUUGGGGCCAGUUCAAGAGAUUGUAUGAAAUGUGGUGACCGAGCAGUGGUGAUUGCAAGGAUCAAGGAUGCAUUUUGCAGAUCUUGCUUCUUAACCUACUUUGUGCAUAGGUUCCGGGCAACAUUUGGCAAAGCAAAAGUCAUACGUGAUGGAGACAAGGUCUUGUUGGCUUUUUCUGGAGGUCAGUGCUCGAGUGCCAUGGUCAGCCUUGUGAAAAGGGGGCUGGAUCAAAGCACCCACAAGAAACUCCGAUUCACACCAGCGCUGAUUUACAUUGACGAGGGUGUAGUAACUGGCCAAUCCAAGGAGGAAAGAGCUACGACAUGUCAGAAAAUAAGCGACAUAAUGAAAGAAACCGGUUUCCCGUGGUAUAUUGCUUCUUUGGAGGAGGCACUUGAAAUUCCUGCCCAAAACUCAAGUCCCGACACCUGUCAAGCAGGUUCCAGUUUCCAUAGCAACCAAGACCCGAAUACAGACGAGUUGGCUGGUAAGCUGGAAGGACUCUGCCUGGAGACAGAGCAUACUCAACGAUGUCGAGACUUGUUAGCGUCGGCAAAGUCACUUACGGCUAAACAGGAUCUUGUCAGUAAUCUCAGGAACCGCCUACUCGUGCACAAGGCUCGUCAGUUAGGCUAUCACAAAGUGGCUGUUGGCGACAGCGGCACCAGACUGUCCUCGGGAAUUCUCGCCAACCUAGCUAAGGGUAGAGGUGCAUCCAUACCUGUCGCCAUGGCGUUUGCAGAUGAUAGAUGGUCAGAUGUAACGAUCCUUAGACCGAUGAGGGAGUUCACGACCAAGGAGAUAGUGAUGUACAAUGCGCUGUUCAACGUUGACUCCCUAUUUCAACCAACAUUAGCAACGAUGGCAGGAGACUAUGCCAGCAUCGACACGCUAACUGAGACAUUUAUCAAUGAGCUUCAGACAAACUUCCCUUCCACAGUCAGCACUGUGUUUAGGACAGGUGAGAAGAUGUGCACAGCUGGAUCCGAUGACCCUGACGCAGUGAGGAGGUGCAGCAUGUGUAAGUCAGCGCUUGAUACAUCCGUGGGGAUAUCAUCUGCUCUGAGUGCUACAAGGUUCUCCUUACAUAUAUCCAGGAAGGAAGGGAGUUCAACCAAUGAGAACUCUUGCAAGGCAACCAAGCCGGAUGAUGCAACAUGUACGGACUCCUCAUCAGAACAGUGUUGUGGACAAGGUGAUGGGAGUUGCCAUAGUAACCAGAUGAAAAGUGUUUCGGCUGAGAGUCUAAGUAAGACCCUUUGUUACGGUUGCCAAGUAACAGUCAGAGACAUGGACUUGAACCUACUCCCGAGUUACAUCGUAGAGGAAUCUGCAAAGAUAGAACGAAGGUCCAGAAUGCGAGACGAAAUCAAAGACUUCUUGUUGUGUGAGGAAAGUUGACGUCAAUCUUCGCUAAUAAAAUUUUGUUGACUACAAUAGUUGCCAGGAGCAUCUAGAUUUACCCACAUUAUGAAAACAUUUCUGGUGAUACAAGAAGGAUGCUGCCAAGGCUGGAUUAAGUGUUCCGUAGGCUAAGCCCAAGGCACCAGUGUUCUGUAGGCCCUACUCUGCCCUAGGCACUGACACUCAUUUCAUGUUGAUGCUAAGCUGUACUAAGCAAGCCAGGCCAAACUGGUAGCUCUAAAAGCCUGUGGCACCUUGUUUCAGAACGACAAACUUUACACGUACAUUUUAAACGUACAUGUUUAUGCAGCUAUGUAGGUGUCAGUUGGUGAAAAAGAAAAUUCAGAGAGAGAUGCUAAAACUUUUGAAAAGUUUUCUUGUACAGGGUGAGUAAAAAAAAAAAAAGAAACUCAAAUGUCAGGACCAAUUCACAU